GGUCACGUAACGGCCUCGGGCGUCUGCCGGGGAGGGGGCCUCCUGCGCGCCGUGGCUCCGGAACGGUUAGCGGCUAGUAAACAACAGCUGCGCGCGCACCCGCAUCAGCUGGCGCGGGCUCCCGCACCUGCGACCUCCUCCGUAGCCGGGACCAGCCUGCCUGGCCGUCUUCUUCUCCCUCCGCCGAGACCCAAGGAAAGCCGGCGAGAGGCUAACGGGCCCCGGGAGGAAAGCGCGUCCUGUCACACGCAGUGCAAACACGGCGAGCGGUCGUGGGCUUGAGGGACUCGCGACGACCUGCCACGACCCUGCAGUGGGAGCUGCCCUGAUCCGCUAGCCGCCGCCUCCAGCUCCUUUGCCAGGACGAGACCUCUGGGAGGCAGGAAUCCACUCUGUCUCGGCAUCCUCUCGUGGCUCUCCUCUUUCUCCUUCCUGUAGUGUGGGGGUAUUUUCCCGUUAUGCAUGCGCAUCUCUCCCACCAGACCCAAGUGGAUUAUCGACCUCAAAAACAUCGGGUGGUUCAGCACACACCUCCUCCCAGCCAGACCUGUGGGGUAUUCACCUGAUACACAACAGGUGGCUGGUGCACACCUUUGCGCAAUCUGAUCUACGCUCUAUACGCCUGAUAAGGGUGGGCCUGCAUGCUCUGUCCUCAGCUAGAACCGUGGGACACUCGGCAGAUAAAGGACUAACUACCUCAUCCGGACCCAGGGGGUUGAGCAGAGAGAGGCGUCACCAGCUGCUGUGAGAUCAUGGCACGGAGCCCUCAGCCCUGGACCAGGGGAGAUAGCUAGGAUUCUGAAGGAACCAAGUUACACAGGAUUAGCAUCGUUUUGUUCUUAUUUUGUUUUCUCGAAAAUUAUUUUUCAGUUACUGGUGGGGCACUUUAUAAAACAGCUGGCUUGAAUUCUAUACACGGAUUCUUAAUUGGGCCUUUGUGGGCUGUAAAUCAGGGUAAUUGAGGGUUUUUUUUUUUUUCCUUCUAUUUUUGCAAUCAGAAGUAGCUAGUGUAGGAGGAAGAGUUUUUGUGAGCUUUUCCUUUUUUCUUUGUCGAAAAGGAAAGGGGGGAAAAAUGCAUCCACCAGAAGCCACCACCAAGAUGUCCUCAGUUCGGUUCAUGGUGACACCAACAAAGAUUGAUGACAUUCCAGGCUUGUCAGACACCAGCCCGGACCUCAGCUCUCGGUCAAGUUCUCGAGUAAGAUUUAGCUCCCGAGAAAGUGUGCCAGAAACAAGCCGUAGUGAGCCUAUGAGCGAACUGUCUGGGGCUACUACUUCUCUGGCAACUGUUGCCCUAGAUCCUGCCAGUGACCGGACUUCUAAUCCCCAGGAUGUUACCGAGGACCCGAGUCAGAACUCCAUCACAGGGGAGCACAGCCAGCUGUUAGAUGACGGCCAUAAAAAAGCCCGAAAUGCUUAUCUCAAUAAUUCCAACUAUGAAGAAGGAGAUGAAUAUUUUGAUAAAAAUUUGGCACUCUUUGAGGAAGAAAUGGACACCAGACCAAAGGUGUCUUCUCUCCUCAACCGCAUGGCCAACUAUACAAAUCUGACACAAGGAGCAAAGGAACAUGAAGAGGCAGAGAACAUCACUGAAGGGAAAAAGAAGCCUACCAAGAGCCCCCAAAUGGGUACUUUCAUGGGUGUCUACCUCCCAUGUCUACAGAACAUCUUUGGAGUGAUCCUCUUCCUGCGUCUUACCUGGGUAGUGGGAACAGCUGGAGUCCUUCAGGCCUUUGCAAUUGUCCUCAUCUGCUGCUGCUGUACAAUGUUAACUGCCAUCUCCAUGAGCGCCAUCGCCACUAACGGAGUGGUGCCAGCUGGGGGCUCAUACUUCAUGAUUUCCCGGGCCCUGGGCCCAGAGUUUGGCGGGGCUGUGGGCCUCUGCUUUUAUCUUGGCACCACAUUUGCAGCAGCCAUGUAUAUUCUUGGUGCCAUUGAAAUCUUUCUGGUAUACAUUGUCCCCCGAGCUGCCAUCUUUCGGAGUGAUGAUGCACUCAAGGAGUCAGCAGCUAUGCUGAACAACAUGCGCGUCUAUGGUACAGCCUUCUUGGUCCUCAUGGUCUUGGUGGUAUUCAUUGGCGUACGCUAUGUGAAUAAGUUUGCCUCACUCUUUCUGGCCUGUGUAAUUGUGUCGAUCUUGGCUAUCUAUGCUGGUGCCAUCAAGUCUUCCUUUGCUCCACCACAUUUCCCGGUUUGUAUGCUGGGAAACCGCACCCUGUCAUCAAGACACCUUGACGUUUGCUCUAAGACCAAGGAGAUUGACAACAUGACAGUACCAUCAAAGUUAUGGGGAUUCUUCUGCAACUCGAGUCAGUUCUUUAAUGCCACCUGUGAUGAGUACUUUGUUCACAAUAACGUCACCUCGAUCCAAGGCAUUCCAGGGUUGGCUAGUGGUAUCAUUACUGAAAAUCUUUGGAGUAAUUAUUUACCAAAGGGUGAGAUAAUUGAAAAGCCAUCAGCCAAGGCAUCUGAUGUCUUAGGCAACUUAAACCAUGAAUAUGUUCUUGCUGAUAUUACCACCUCCUUCACGCUGCUGGUGGGGAUCUUCUUUCCUUCUGUCACAGGUAUCAUGGCUGGGUCAAACAGAUCUGGAGAUCUGAAAGAUGCCCAGAAGUCUAUUCCUAUUGGGACCAUCCUUGCCAUCCUGACCACAUCCUUCGUGUAUUUAAGCAAUGUUGUCCUUUUUGGUGCAUGUAUUGAAGGAGUCGUUCUCAGAGACAAAUUUGGGGAUGCUGUAAAAGGGAAUUUGGUUGUAGGCACCUUAUCCUGGCCAUCCCCAUGGGUGAUUGUUAUUGGCUCCUUCUUUUCAACAUGUGGGGCUGGACUGCAGAGCCUCACAGGUGCACCUCGGCUGCUGCAGGCUAUUGCCAAGGAUAACAUCAUACCUUUCCUUAGGGUUUUUGGUCACAGCAAAGCUAAUGGGGAACCUACCUGGGCCUUACUUCUAACUGCUGCCAUAGCAGAGCUGGGAAUUCUCAUCGCCUCCCUGGAUCUCGUGGCCCCAAUUCUUUCCAUAUUUUCAUUUUCCAGGGCCCUCUCUUUCAUGGGAAUGAGUAUCUGUCUAGCUCUGAUGUUCAUUUCUUCUUGGUAUUAUGCCAUUGUAGCUAUGGUAAUAGCUGGCAUGAUCUACAAGUACAUUGAGUACCAAGGGGCUGAGAAAGAAUGGGGGGAUGGUAUCCGUGGGCUGUCGCUCAGUGCAGCCCGCUUCGCUUUGCUCCGUCUAGAGGAAGGACCUCCUCACACUAAAAACUGGAGGCCUCAGCUGCUCGUCCUGCUGAAGCUGGAUGAAGAUUUACACGUCAAGCACCCUCGCCUCCUCACCUUUGCCUCCCAGCUCAAGGCAGGAAAGGGACUCACGAUUGUGGGCUCUGUCAUCGUGGGGAACUUCCUGGAGAACUAUGGUGAUGCGCUCGCGGCAGAGCAGACCAUUAAGCACCUAAUGGAGGCAGAAAAGGUAAAAGGAUUCUGCCAAUUGGUGGUGGCUGCCAAGCUGAAAGAGGGCAUUUCACACCUCAUCCAGUCCUGUGGCCUUGGAGGCAUGAAACACAACACAGUGGUGAUGGGCUGGCCCAAUGGCUGGCGUCAGAGUGAAGAUGCUCGCGCUUGGAAGACUUUCAUUGGCACAGUACGAGUGACAACUGCUGCCCAUCUAGCCCUGCUGGUGGCUAAAAAUGUCUCCUUCUUUCCCAGCAAUGUGGAACAGUUUUCUGAGGGCAACAUUGAUGUGUGGUGGAUUGUGCAUGAUGGGGGCAUGCUCAUGUUAUUACCGUUCCUGCUGAAACAGCACAAGGUUUGGCGGAAAUGCAGCAUACGGAUCUUCACAGUAGCCCAGCUAGAAGACAACAGUAUCCAGAUGAAGAAGGAUCUGGCCACCUUUCUGUACCACCUGCGCAUUGAGGCAGACGUGGAAGUGGUGGAGAUGCAUGACAGUGACAUAUCUGCCUAUACAUAUGAGCGCACCCUGAUGAUGGAGCAGAGGUCCCAGAUGCUUCGGCAUAUGCGGCUGUCCAAAACAGAACGAGACAGAGAGGCACAGCUCGUGAAAGAUCGAAACUCAAUGCUACGCUUAACCAGCAUUGGCUCUGAUGAGGAUGAAGAGACAGAAACGUACCAGGAGAAGGUGCACAUGACUUGGACCAAGGAUAAAUACAUGGCAUCCCGGGGGCAAAAGGUCAAGUCAAUGGAAGGAUUCCAGGACCUACUUAAUAUGCGUCCGGACCAAUCCAACGUGAGACGGAUGCAUACAGCAGUGAAGCUCAAUGAAGUUAUAGUUAACAAGUCCCAUGAAGCAAAGCUGGUUUUGUUGAAUAUGCCAGGACCACCCCGAAACCCUGAAGGUGAUGAAAACUACAUGGAAUUUCUAGAAGUACUCACUGAGGGAUUAGAACGAGUCCUCCUUGUCCGGGGUGGUGGCAGUGAGGUCAUCACCAUUUACUCAUAAUCAGCUGUGGGAGAUUCUGCGUGGUCCGACCUUCCCUAAGACUCAUCGUCCAUGGAGAUGAUAGCUCUUUCCUACCAUUCCCACUCUAUUCUUGCAGAGCUGAGCCCCAUCUAUGCUCUUGGCUGCAACAUGAUCUGCCAUCCCAGCAGAAACAAAUAUUCCUUCAACAGAAGAAUGGUCAAGUCCUAAAAGCUAUUUCUAUGGCAGGAGAAGGCAAGUCAAAAUUAACGAGCUAAGCCAAAGGGAACCUUUUGGCACACAGAAGGUAAUGAGUUAGUAAAACAUACGCUAGAAAUGUAACUGGCAACAGAAAGCAAUGUUCAUAUCUAACAUUCAGGAUGAGUCUCAGAAGACAUGGGUCAGUGAGCACCAGAAAGUUAACAGGCAGUUAAGCUUCACCUUAGUAAAAACUGAGUUACCAUUAUAGAGACAGCCUGCAGCAGCCAGGGUGGAAGCAGGAAACUGAUGUACAAAACCUGAGACAUAGCUGCAGCCACUACUUCUUCCUCAAAACUUAUCAUGUUUUAUUGUCUGUACUGUACCACUGUAUAUUUUAACUGUCUUUGUUUUAAAACCCAUUCUGUGGUUAUAAUGCAGACAGUAGUGUUACUAUAGAAAUGUGUUUUCAGGUUUUCAAAUGCUGACCUAAGGGGAUUCCAAAGAGUGCCUAUUAAAAUGUAUAGAAACACAGUGGUUAGCUAUGCAACACAAAGCACACAAGCUAUCAUCUUAACAAAUGUGGGUUGUUAUGUAGCUAGCCAGAAGGGUCUCUUCUACUCUUAGUAGGCAUUGGUCUUAAAAAACAAACAAACCAAACCUGUAAAGAAGAGACGCCAGGGCUGUGUGAUGCCACCUCCAAGGCCCCAGGGUUCAGAGGUUCAGCAGUGGAACUGGGGGUGUGAAAGCCAUACCCUUUCCACUGUGCCAAAAUCGUCUGCCUAUACUGGCAGACAGGUUUGCAGCGGCCUGACGCAAGCACCUUUUCUUUCACAAGAAAUCCAUCUGUGGCCUCUUCACCAAAGCCAUAAUGCAGAUUUGAGGCACUCGACCUCCAUGCCCAGAGCUUUUCCCAUUUCAAUAUUAUUAUUCAUUCUGACUCCAGAAACUUGGCUCUGAACCAAAUGGUUCACUGAGCUAAUGAUCUGCUGUAUUGGUUUUGCUUUCAAAAAGCUUUAACUGUGCCAAGGAAAUACUUGUGUAAGAUCAGAUUUUUUUUUUAAUUUACUGAUCACAAACACUUGGCUUACCAGCAUAGGCAGCCUUUGUGGCUGAGCAGUAUUUUCCAGGAUGUGAAACCUCCAUACCCUUUCCAAGAUAGUUACUUAAGAAACUGUCUUCUUGCUUAGAUUCACGGCUGCUUUUAAAUUUCCUUUCACUGAUGGUAAAUUGUGCCACUCUCCAUAACCUGUAGGACAAUGAACACCCAGAAUUCAACCCAAGACAGAAGAAAACCCUCAAAUAUGGCUUAAGCUGAGUCAUAUAGUUUGUUCCUCAUCCUCCCAGGCCCACUUGAGGUAGCAAAGGAUCCAGCAUGUUUUCCUUUGCUUCCUGCAGAGGGUAGAAACUACUCAUAGUUCUCUUUCCAACACUCCAUUGCAUACUUGAGUAUAAUCCCCUAGGCUCCAAGGCAUUGGAGCUGCCCAUUCUGUAAAAGCCAGCCUGCCCAGGAACUGCCUAACACAUCCACCCCUGACCAAAGUGAUACAUACUUUUUCCGUAUCAAACAAACAUGGGAAGAGAAUAAGGUUUCUUUAAGAAAGGCUGUUUGUGGUUAGAGCUACAUAAGAAUCUGUUAAAGGGUAGAGCAUAGUCUUCAUUCCCCAAGACAAAAAUCACUGUUACAUGGACAAAUGGUUAUUAGGCCAGAUUUGUACUCAUCUCUGUCUAGAACAUUUCAUGUCUAUGUGUUGCUUAUGUUGUCUGUCUGCAAAGUGUCUUAGCUCUUUUAAUCACUGCAAAUAAAGCAAUACUGAAAACUUGAGAGAGAAAAUGCACCUUAGGGGAAGGGGCCAAAUGUUUCUAGAGGGAAGAGGAAGACCUUCUCCUGCCUUCUUAUAAGACCCAGCUUUGUGUCUUACCCAUGAGUUUAUUAGCAGGGAAGGCUGUAACAUUCGUUCUCCCCCAACUGGCCCUCAGCCUUCCUUAGCUACCUUAAAAGCUGGAGUUUGAAUUGCAGGGCCUGCUUGACAGGUGCCAGCUUCCUCGUGGCAGAGCAAAAGCUGCUGCUUUUCAUAUUCUGUUGCCUCCUUUUCUUGUGGCCCCAAGGAUCCCACCAAUCCUCAUUCCCCCUAAAUGUUAAAAGAAAAUUCCUUAUUGUGGAUAUUAAGUUACACUGUAAACAUAUUUACAUGCUCUUUUUUUCCCUGGUUUUUCUUUUCAUCAUGUAUAAUUUGAAU